GAGUCACAUGGGAGGCAGUCAGGCUGCUGUCAUAAGGCUCCUGUUUGCAAGAUCUGUUAAAACUGGAGGAGGGGUUUGUAGAGAAGUUUGUCCAACAGGAACAACUGCAGCAUUUUUCAUGUGGCCUUUCAACAGGUUGAAUCACCGAAACGGCUCCAAAAACAAAGCUGCACUGACCAGACCGACUCAUUAUGGAAAUCCCUGCCAUAAACUUAAAGGCCAUAGUGCUGGUGCACUGGCUGCUGACUGUAUGGGGCUGCAUGGUGUUCCUUCCCUCGUCUUAUGCUUGGGGGAACUUCAGUGUUUUAGCCGUUGGAGUGUGGGCGAUUGCACAGAGGGACUCCAUUGAUGCUGUUCUCUUGUUUCUAAUGGGGAUGCUGGUGACAAUAUUGACGGACAUCGUGCAUUUUGGGAUCUAUUAUCCUCUGAAUGACUUUUCGGCAGAAAGACGCUUCAGUGGAGGAAUGGCGAUCCUCAACCUGCUGCUCAAACCUGCUUCCUGUUUCUUUGUAUACCAAAUGUACCGAGAGCGAGGAGGAGAUUACAACAUCAACUUUGGGUUUCCCACUGUAUCACGAAACAGAGAUGCCUAUCAGUCUAUCGACCAGCCGGACGAGUCCUCGAGUCCAGCGAACCCCUUCAACCAGGCCCAGGACAGCAAACCAGGAGUCCGCGCUUACUGAGUCGAGCAGGACUUUACCAAAGCUGUCCUGUCCUCAUGGAUUCACAUUGCAACACAUGAUGCACCUGUGAGAUCAAAAGUCAAAUCAAAACUUAAAAUUUUGCUGAAUAAACAUCUGUUUGGGUCUCA